AUCUGCCAAAAUCUUAAUUAAUCAUCACCACCGGGACCAUGUAUCCGAUCGGGUCUUCAAACAAAUCGGAGGAAAUCUUGUUGUCGCUAGGUUAGCCGUUAAAUUACAAAUUCGAUUCAGUUCAAAUGACCAGCCAAAACUCCGGUAGUGCCGCCGAUCAAGAAUUACAAGUUCCGGUAGUCGUUAAGGACAACUUGGUGGUCGUUGAUGGUGAAGGAGAUGACGGAGAAAAGGAGUUAAAGGAGCUUUUGUUGCCAAACGUCAAUCAUCUCCCAAUCUCUCCUCCUUCUGCAAUCGAAUUUAAUUUCGUUUCAUAUUUCGUUCCUGAUUUUACGAAGCCGGAGCACGAUCAAUAUAUUUAUCGCCAUGCAAAUGGCUUGUGUGUUAUUGGCUUGGCUGCUGGUCAUGUGGCCUUUAAGGAUGAAGGAGGAGUCACUUCCGUGGAUUUUAAUGUUGGAAAGUCUAACCGCAGUGAGAUCAAGGUCACUGGGAAGCGCAAAAGGAAUGCACAACAUUUUGAGUCCAACACGGCUUUAUGUAAAGUAUGCACCAACAAUACUUUUUAUAUUGCGAGAUGUUGCAUAAAAGGCUCUUUAUUGGAAGUGAACGAGCGGUUAAUAAAGCAGCCAGAGUUGCUGAAUACAGCGGCAGAUAGAGAAGGAUACAUUGCUAUUAUCAUGCCCAAACCAGCAGACUGGCUCAAGAGCAAAGCUUCUUUCUUGACCUUUGAUGAGUACAAGAAGCUGAGACAAUUCUAACCUUCCCAAUGAUUCUAACCUUCCCAAUGAUUCUAACCAUCUCGACCGCCUCUUCUGCCCAUGAUUCUUCUAUAAAGAUGAUCGACACAAGUGGCCUUACGGUAAAAAGGGCUCCAUACACAAUACGCUACAUUUUUACUGUCAAUUUUCUUUACAAUUUGCAUCUAGAAAUAGUUUGAUUUUUGAAUUCCCACAAUUGAGACGCAUGAAAUCU